ACUGGAUCUGACUCCGGCUUCUGUCUCGGUGCGCCUGAGGUCGCUGUUCUGAGCGUCACCUCUUCUUCUUCCUUUCGAUUUUGUAGUGAAAAUGGAGAAACGCUGCACGGAUUCUCGAGUCAAAGGAGUCAGCACAGGGACCACCAUCCUGGCUGCCACUUUUGAUGGAGGGGUCGUGAUUGGGUCAGAUUCCCGAGCUUCCAUGGGAGGAGAAUAUGUAUCAUCUAAGACCAUCAACAAGGUGAUUCAGGUUCAUGACCGGAUCUUCUGCUGCAUGGCUGGCUCACUCGCCGAUGCCCAGGCCGUCACCAAGGCUGCAAAGUUUCACCUGUCCUUCCACAGUGUCCAGAUGGAGGCCCCUCCUCUGGUGAUAUCAGCUGCAUCGGUGCUGAAAGAACUGUGUUACAAAAACAAGGAUGAGCUACAGGCCGGCUUCAUCACAGCUGGCUGGGACAGGAAGAACGGACCACAGGUGUAUGUUGUGGCUCUAGGUGGGAUGUUAGUCAGACAGCCGGUUACCAUCGGCGGCUCAGGCAGCACUUACAUCCACGGCUACGUUGACGCCAAAUACACACCCGACAUGAGCAGAGAGGAAUGUCUACAGUUUGCCACUAAUGCUCUUGCUCUGGCCAUGGGCAGAGACAACGUCAGCGGGGGCGUGGCUCACCUGGUGGUGAUCACGGAAACGGGGGUGGAGCAUGUGGUGGUACCUGGUGACAAGCUGCCCAAGUUCCAUGAUGAGUGACGACUUUUAAACAGCCAAUAAAAUUAGGAUUUCUGCAUAAAUUUGCAUUGCACAAGUGUAUCAGGAUUUUUUUCUGUGUAGGACUGGGAUGUAACACUCACCUGAAAAAUUAGUUAAUUGCCUACUAAUGAAAAACUUGAUGCAGGUCUGUUUAUACAAA